UACAACAGUGCCAUCGGCCGGUCUUGCGCCACUUCUCUCGCGUUCGCUCUUGUAUUCUCUCCGCUGUUCUAUUUUCCAACAAGAGGUCUGCCAUGUCACCUAGGGUUUUCGCCUUGGCCUCCCCCUAUUUUCUCUUAUCCGAUCACUGAUGAGGGAGACGAACGCCUGUUGUCAUGAAAUUUGAGAAGAAGGCGCUGUCUCAAUACCUCGCGAACAACCUCAAACCCUUUUCUAACACGUUUUGGUGCAAAUUGGCUUUACGGAUUGCUUGUAGGACUGCUGCAGACCCUAACAUUCUUGCUGAUUAUGUCGUUGCAUUGUUGAAAAAUGAUGUACCCGCAGCAGAGUUGCAGAAGAUGUGUGCUGAUCGUCUGGAAGUUUUUCUUGGCCACAGCUCUAUGUCUUUUACUACAAAGUUGUUUGAGGCCCUACAAGGGGGGUCUCUCCGGAGCACAAAUGUAAACUUGGAUGUCACAAAUAGUCCUGAACCAUCUAUGUCUAAUGCCACAGUGGAGACUCAGGAUAUGAAAAGUUUUUUAUUGAAGGAAGACAACCAACCUUCUUCUUCCGAACCACUUAGUGAUCCUGAAGACAAAGAAAACAGUGAUGAUGAUGAUGACCGCAACCAUAAACAUCGCAAGCGGGAUGCUCGUGAGAAUUCGUUUGAUAAUGCUAUUCAGGAACAACCUAUAAGGAGGCUUGGAAAAAAGAGAAGCCAAAACUUUGAUACUGGGCAGCUCUAUAUGGAAGCAGGGAGUCAAUCCCGUGAAAUUCAAAAGGAAUACAGUUCCUCUAUGGAUAGGGUUGUCCCUUCCCGAUUAGAAAGAAGGCAUUUUGUCAUCCCACCCUCAAUGCGUUCUUCAUCAGAUUUAAACUCCAGAUCAAGAUUAAGCACUUCCUUUCGAACUGACCCUAGCCCUCGGCUUGAUUUGUCUACUUCUGUAUGCCUGGCCUCUCUUGGACGUGGGAGAGGAAGAAAUUUAGCUGCAUGGAGCCAACCUGAUUCAAGAUUCAACUCACUAGAUUCGCUUGAUUUUACUUCACACAUGGCUUCUCAGAGGCCAGUUCAUCCUGGUCUUUUUGUUGGCCCAAGCCUACAAGGUGCUGGAAGUUCACAUAAUGCAUCUUGGGGUGCAUUUGGAUUCAUUCAUGGGAUUUCUAAUGGUAUCAUGGAUCCGCUUCAUCCACUAGGUUUGCAGAUUGGCAUGCCUAGACAACGGUGUAGAGAUUUUGAGGAACGAGGAUUUUGCCUGAGAGGUGACAUGUGCCCAAUGGAGCAUGGUGUAAAUCGGAUUGUUGUUGAAGAUGUUCAGAGCCUUUCUCAAUUCAAUCUUCCAGUUUCCAUACCUAAUUCACAUGCAGUCGGAGCACAAGCUGGUGUGGGGCCCUUAAAUGCUGGUCCUACGUCUUCAACUCUUAUGGCAAACAAAACUAUGCUUUCUAAAAAUAGCAAAUCUGCUGCAAAUGAGGAUACACUAAGGUUGAAUGGUCCUACCUGUACUUUGGGAGGUGAAGCGGAUGUAUAUGAUCCUGACCAACCUUUAUGGAAUAAUAAUAUUGAUUCAUCAGCUGCUCUUCUGAGGUUGCCUUCCGCUAACAUUGAAGAUGAGUCUUUAUGGGAUGGUGAUACUUCUCGCAAGACUUCACAGUUAUCUGAUGGCAAUGAAUGUGACCUACCAAGCAGAAAUUUGAUAGCUAAUAUUGGACCUCAGGCUGCAGGUUCCUCAGUUUGGGGCCGAAUUGGAACUGGGAGUAAGUCAGAAACUGGUUUAAAGUUUGAGAUUAAUAAUUCUGAUGAUGGACAUCCUGCAAAAGAGAUGAGGGAAGGUAAAGAGGCUACGGUUUCUUGUAGUCUUCCUUUAGAUCAAAGCCAACUUCUUAGUUCUGAGGAGUUUGGUUCAAAAAUGGCUACCACUCAACCCGUCUCAACUCUACGAACUGAUUUUGAGCAUAAGGGUGGAAGAAAACAACAAAAAGCACGCCGAACUCUCUAUGUGUGUGGGAUUCCUCAGAAGAACAAUAAGCGGGAAGCACUUCUUUCACAUUUUCAAAAGUUUGGUGAAGUCAUAGAUAUAUAUAUACCCUUAAACAGUGAAAAAGCCUUUGUGCAGUUCUGCAAAAGAGAAGUGGCAGAAGCAGCUCUAAAUUCUCCAGAGGCUGUGAUGGGAAACCGUUUCAUCAAACUAUUCUGGGCCAAUCGAGAUAGAAUUUCAGAUGAGGGACACGAUAGUGGUAGUGUUGAAGCUAAACCUCUGCAAUAUCCUAAGGGGGUAGUAAAUUCUGCAAGAAUGCGUCCUCCUGCUGUUGAAAUAGGAAAAGAGAAUCUUUCAUCGGCAAGUCAGAGGGAAAGCAAUACAAAUUUUGUAGAAGCAUCGGUUCCUUUUGUUGGACCCCAGAAAGGGGUUAUACUGAACGGAACUAAAUCAUUGACUUCGCCAAAAAAGAAACUGGAGAGUUUGGAACUUUUGGAGGAACUUCGCAGAAAGCAGGAGCUUUUGGCUCAAAAGCGUGAUGAGUUCCGUCGGCAAUUAGUUAAAUUUGAAAGACAAACUUCAAUCAAAAAGAGUGAUGGAUCAUUGGAACAGGCAGCCAAAAAACAAAAAAUAAACCUUGGAAGCCGGUCAGCGAAAGAUGCUGAGGCAGGGUCAACAACUAUUAGCGUUUCAGGGGAGAGCCAGAAAGCUGGAAAAUCUCUAGAAAGGAGCAAUUUGACGGAGAUCGUUGUUUCACCAAGUUCAAAAACAAAUCUAGCCACCAUGCAGCAAGCUAAUCAAAUUGUAAAACAAGUGAAUCGAACUCCAGCAGCAUACGCAAGCAGAUUUAAGCUUGAUAACCGUCCUACUUCAUUCAGAGUUUUGCCUCCUUUACCAGCCAAACUUGCGAAUGUUUCUGUUUUGAAGGACCAUUUUUCAAAAUUUGGCGAUCUUGCUUAUGUUGUUUUUGAAGACCCAGAGGAGAUUGAGAAUUCAGACAUACAAGACCCAGAAAAAAUAGUUGUUUGUGUAACUUUUCAUACGCGCUCUUCUGCUGAAAGGGCUUAUCAAGCUGGUAAAUAUUGUGAAGGUUGUAGUUUGAAGUUCGCCUGGGUAACUGCCUCUUCUGCUGCUGGGAAAGAUUGCCAUGUGGAAGAAAUACCCUCAAAUGCAAUUACUUUUAAAGCUGAAGAUGAUGACAUAAAAACUGAGUCAAAGUCUUCAUCUUCUUCAAGUGCUGGGGAGCCUAUUUGCAUACCCAUGGCUGUUUCAUCCUCAUUGAGUGCAGGACAGCUUACAUGCAUUCCUCGGUCUGAGGUUGAUGCAAAAAAAACUGAGGAUCAUGGCGAUGUAGAAGGCAGAAAUCGCACUUCAAGUAGUGUGUCCAACUCCUUAAUAGCAACCUUGGAUUCCAGCCCAACCAUCCCAAUGCAUGGGAGCGAAAAUCACUACCAAUAAAUUGAUGGUUUAUGAUUGCACUGAAUCUGGAUUUGAGCAGUGGGUACAUCAGCCCAGACAUCCUGGAACAGAAUUUUGUGUGCUUCAAUUCUUCAAUAUACAAAUCUCUUUACUUCGUAUGCUGUAAUUCCUGCAGUUUAGAUUCCACUGGAUGCUGGAAAGUUUUACCGUUGCAACCUAUGAUAAAAAUGUAUUUUGUUGGGAUAAACAAUUAAAUUGCACUCCAUGAAAAAGACCCUAUCCAUCUAUGCUUGUAUUUUCUUUCACACGUUUUAUACAUGUAAUUUCAUUUAACAAAAUUUGUUAAAUUUUUUUUUUUUUAA